UGAUUUCGGGCACCUCCACCAGAUAAUUGGGAAGGGUUUCAGAAGGUGGGAAAUGUCACCUGAUUCACACUGAACUUUUAAAAGCUCCCCACCCCCAAGGAACCGCGCACACCCUCGCUCGCGGCCGCCCUCCCACUGCCCCACACACUGGGAGACCGCCCACCGCAAACCGUGGAGACCCCCGUCUAGAUUUAAAGCGCGGCUGCGCCUGGCUUCUGACGUCCAUUGAAUCGCGAGGGCGGCCGGCGGCAAGCGCUGGGCUACGCCGGGAUAGCUGCGCCCUCCGCCGCUCGCCUCUGCGACGCGCACCGCUUGCCAGAGCCACCCGCCGCCGCGCCCGCUCCCCGCGCCACCGCGCCCGCUCCCCGUGCCGCCGCGCUCCUCACCCCGCGCCUGCCCUCAGGAUGGCCCGUCCUAGGCACCAGCCCGGCGGGCUUUGCCUCCUGCUGCUGCUUCUCUGCCAGUUCAUGGAGGACCGCAGCGCCCAGGCUGGGAAUUGCUGGCUCCGCCAAGCAAAGAACGGCCGCUGUCAGGUCCUGUACAAGACAGAACUGAGCAAGGAGGAGUGCUGCAGCACUGGCCGCCUGAGCACCUCGUGGACCGAGGAGGACGUAAAUGACAACACGCUGUUCAAGUGGAUGAUUUUCAACGGGGGCGCCCCCAACUGCAUCCCUUGUAAAGAAACGUGUGAGAACGUGGACUGUGGCCCCGGGAAAAAAUGCCGAAUGAACAAGAAGAACAAACCCCGCUGCGUCUGUGCCCCAGAUUGUUCUAACAUCACCUGGAAAGGCCCGGUGUGUGGGCUGGACGGAAAAACCUACCGCAACGAAUGUGCACUCCUCAAGGCCAGAUGUAAAGAGCAGCCAGAGCUGCAAGUCCAGUACCAGGGCAAAUGUAAAAAGACCUGUCGGGAUGUUUUCUGUCCAGGCAGCUCUACAUGCGUGGUGGACCAGACUAAUAAUGCCUACUGUGUGACUUGUAACAGAAUUUGCCCAGAGCCCACCUCCUCUGAACAGUAUCUCUGUGGGAAUGAUGGAGUGACCUACCCCAGUGCCUGUCACCUGAGAAAAGCUACCUGCCUACUGGGCAGAUCUAUUGGAUUGGCCUAUGAGGGAAAGUGUAUCACAAAGUCCUGUGACGAUAUCCAGUGCACUGGUGGAAAAAAGUGUUUAUGGGACUUCAAGGUUGGCAGAGGCCGGUGUUCGCUCUGCGGUGAGCUGUGCCCUGAGAGUAAGUCUGAGGAGCCUGUCUGUGCCAGUGACAAUGCCACGUAUGCUAGCGAGUGUGCCAUGAAGGAAGCGGCCUGCUCCUCGGGCGUGCUGCUGGAAGUGAAGCACUCCGGAUCUUGCAACUCCAUUUCGGAAGACACCGAAGACGAGGAGGAAGAUGAAGACCAGGACUACAGCUUCCCUAUAUCUUCCAUUCUAGAGUGGUAAACCCUCCACCAAUGUUCAAUGUUGACAUAGCCUUUAGGCAAAAAAAAAAAAAAAAAAAAAAGGAAAGAAAAAAAGUAAAAGAAAAAAAAUACAUUGUCCAUACUGUAAAUAAGUGUAUGCCUAUUUAUUUGGGGGGAAAACUAUACAUAAAGGACCUUUGUCCUAAAGCUCUCUCCCAGGCCACCUUGUUACUCACUGGACCCGGAGAGGCAGUCAUUGUGAGGUCUACUGGAUGAGGCCCAUAGUUGAGACUUGUAGACAUUUAUUUAUACUGUGUCAUGUUUUAUAAUUUAUACAUAAAAUGUCUGGUUGACUGUACACCUUGUUUUUGAAGAAAUUUAUUCGUGAAAGGAAGAGCAGUUGUUAUUUAUUGUGAGGUCUCUUGCUUGUAAAGUAAAAGCUUUUUUUUUUCCUUGUAAACCAUUUAAGUCCAUUCCUUACUAUUCA